AUGUUCAAAAAAUUCAAUACAAUUGUUAUUUUAUUUUUCAUUUUAAAAAAUUAUUCUGAAGGAGCACCGAGGAAGAGAAAAGGAGAAACAAGUGGGCAACAAACCCAAGAGAAUGCUAAUUAUUUUGAAGGAGGAGGCUCUUCAUUUGUUCCAGCACUUAAUUUUUCUUGCAAAUGGGAUGGAUGUGGACAAGUUUUUGAUAAUGAACAAACUUUUGUGGAGCAUGUUAAAGAACAUGCAAAAAUGGAAAAGGGCCCACAUCCAUACUGUCGCUGGUCAAGUUGUAAUGAAAGAAAGCCUUUUUUACGAAAAAAUUUCGCACAACAUAUCAGAACGCAUACUCAAGAAAAGCCUUAUGUUUGCGAGAUUAUUCAUGAUGGUGUUCGAUGUAAUAAGAGCUUUACUUCUAAUACAAGUCUUAAGGAUCAUCAACGCCGUUAUACAGAAGAAAUAAUUAUCGAGCAUAAAUGUAAAUUUUGUGAAAAAGUAAAUAAUUACAUAUAUUUUUAAACAAAAUUUUGUUUUAUUCGUAGUAAUAAAUAGGGUUGGGCCCCGAACGCUCGGGGGCAGUUGUCCCCAGAUACCCAAAUUCUGAAAUCUACCUUACACCACUCAAUCCCUCGAUAUCACAUUCAAAUCCCUCAAUAUUACCUAAGACUCCUUGAAACCACACGAUAUAACUCAAAGUCCAUCCAAAUCCUUCGAUAUACGAUUAACUUCCUUUUACAGCGCCGCAAGCAA